AUGGCCAGCAACGCUCAUAUGUUCCUGGACCCGAAGUCGAUUAAGAAGAUGUCCAAUCCAUCAGGAAACGCAGGGGGUCGUACGCCUCUCGGCGAUCAUUCGUCUCAAGGAGAAACUGCUCCCAUGGAGGGGCCCAAAAAGUCCAUGCUGGAGAGCCUCUACGGCGUUGAAGACAGGAUCAGCAACCCACGGAAGAAGGUGAAACUGAAUGCCGAGGACCAGCGCGACCAAGGACCAAAGAUGGGUAUAUCUUCUCAUCAUCGCGGUAGCGGGAUUGUCGGUGAAUACAUGCGACCAGAUCCCGACCAGGCCACCGAAAUGACAAAGAAAAGCCUGGUUGAUCUGACAAACGAUGAAGAGGAUGGCGAUGACGAUGAUGUACAAAUUGUUUCCUCUCGGUCGCUCGAUGACCAAGAGGUAUGCUAUGGCCAUAUCGCAACAGUCGCACAAGCCUAUCUCCUCCCUAAGCCAAAGACGACUGCAAAUUCCUUUCACCAAGGACGAGAAUGGCCCGUUAUGAGGUGUACCUUCAUACGCAAGCCAUCAAAGGACAUAGUGAUUGACAUUCAAGAUCCGUGCGGCACGUCGUUUGCUAGAGUCCACCCCGACUUUGCUGCAGUACUAGCAGUGGCUAUGGAUACUACGAAGGGUUUUCGGACACAGGCGAAAUUGAUCAAUCGGCGUAAGAAACAAGAAGAAUGGCCGCAUCAACCCUGCUCUGAACAGCUGAAAAUGAUUGUUAACAUCUACGGUCGACGUGGAGAUGUCAACAAAGUCGGUCGCAUUUUCGGCAAUGCAAACUUCUUCUUCCGCCCACCAAUGGCUCCGGAGACUGGUAUACCAAUCGUCAAUCCCCAUGCACAGAACAAGCCAAUGUUCCACACUCCGCGUACCAUAGGCCAAGCGAGAACUUUGGCUGAUACUCGCACUCUCGAGGAAGCGACAGAAGCAGUCUCAAAGCUCUUUGAUUCUUUCGCCAACGCAAGUCGGCCGCUAGAUGAGACUAGUCCGCCAGAUUCUAUCAUUACAACACCUCUACUUAGUCACCAGAAGCAGGCGCUUACAUUCCUUCUCCGACAUGAGCAGCCACGAACGUUUGGCAGUGACGAAGCAGAGAAUUCCUCACUUUGGCGCCGGAAACAACGCAGAAAUGGGGAGAUCGCUUACCACGAAGUCAUUACCGGUCUUUCUGUCAAGGACGAGCCAGAACAAGUACUUGGUGGUCUCCUAGCGGAUGUUAUGGGUCUCGGGAAGACACUAGAAGCCCUUUCACUCAUCGCAAGCACGUUGGAAGAAGCCGAAUUGUUUGCGAAUGAGAAAGUGGUGCGCGACAAUCAGGACAUGCAGCGCAUCAUAUUAUCCAACACAAAGGCGACAUUGAUAGUCUGUCCGACCAGCACCGUGAAAAACUGGGAGGAUCAGAUCGCACAGCACAUCAAGCCUGGAACUAUGGAAUACCACGUCUAUCACGGCCCUAAUCGUGAGAAGAAUCCGUACAAGUUGCUGAAGUACGAAAUGAUCAUCACGACGUACGGUGUGGUCGCUUCUGAAUUCUCCAAGACUGCAAUUUCACUAAGCCCGUUGAGACAGCUGAUUUGGUUUAGGAUAGUGCUGGACGAAGCGCAUACGAUUCGAGAACAAAAAGCUCUUCAGUCUCAGGCCUGUUACAGUCUGGAGGCCCAACGCCGCUGGUGCUUAACAGGGACACCUAUUCAAAAUCGAUUGGAUGACCUGGGUUCUCUGACGAGGUUCCUCCGCCUAUAUCCAUACGAUACCCCAGGUCGAUUUAAUCAGUACAUUCGGGGCCCAGCCCAAGCAGGCGAUCCGGCAUUCUUAAAGGCUUUGCGCGUGUUUGUGGACUCAUUCACGCUUCGUCGACUUCGAGACCGGAUUGACCUCCCGGAGAGAAAAGACUAUGUCGCCAAACUGACCUUUUCGGACGAAGAAAGAAAGCUGCACGACUUCUUCAAAGGGGAAGCUCACGUUCAGAUCGAGCAGCUUAGCCGUGCGAAGGAGAAGAACAGUGGUGUUCAGCAUCACGUACUUCGUGGCAUCAUGACCUUACGGCUAAUUUGUGCGCAUGGGCGGGAGUUGUUGAAGGAGAAAGAUCUAAAGCUGCUGAAAGGGAUAAGCGCCACCGAAGCCAUUGACGUUGACGAAGUUGUCGCACCACCGACCAUAUCGAGAAAAGCCGCGUACGAGUCUUUGAACUUGAGGACCGAAGCUGAGCUGGACGUGUGCCGAAACUGUGAACGGAGCAUAACUAAGGAUGUAGCGAAGACCGAAGUGGAUGAUGAGGAGCAGGCGCUGCGAUGCUUCAUCCUCCCAUGCUUCGACCUCGUUUGCGCCGACUGCUUCAAUCCGGCAAAAGCGUCCUUCGACAGCCUAUCGGACAAGGAACCCGUUACCUGUCCAUUUUGUUCGGCCCUAAUUGCUGCGCAAUACGUCGGAUUUAGUGGAUCCACGGCGCAAGAGAUUCUCGUGGCACCAGACGACACCAUUGACGAACAGGAAGAGGAGGACGGGGUGCAGACAUAUUCCGGACCUCAUACUAAGACGAGGGCGCUUUUGGCAGACAUUGAGCAAAUGUACCAAGACAGUCAAGCCUUGGAAGCCGCCGGAGAAGCCCCUCUGAAGUGUGUUGUCUUUUCCGAAUUUACGUCGCACCUGGAUCUCAUCGAGAGAGCAUUAGUCGAUCACGGCUACUCUUUUGUCCGCAUUGACGGCACGAUGUCCCUUAACAACCGGAAGAAAUCGAUGGACGCCCUUGCGUCGGACGACAGUAUCAGAAUCCUCUUGGCAUCGAUCAAGGCUGCGGGACAAGGUCUCAAUUUGACGGCUGCAUCGCGAGCGUUCAUCAUGGAGCCGAUGUGGAACCCAGCAGCUGAAGCGCAAGCAGUGGAUCGAAUUUAUCGCAUCGGACAGAAGCGCCCGGUUCUCGUCAAACGGUAUCAAAUCGACAAUAGCAUUGAGGGCAAGAUUGUGGAAUUGCAGAAAAGAAAACAACAGCUGGCCGACGUGUCGGUGAAUCAAAAUUACAAACAGUUGAGCAAGCAGGAAGUGCGCGAACAGCAUAUGAAGGAGAUCCUGGCGCUGUUCAAAUGA